AUGACGGGAGCAGAGUGUCUGUUGGAAACGGAGCGUGUCAUGGGGGGAGGAACACUUCCCCUGGUUUUGACCGGUUUAGGAGUCUUGCUCCUGUACCGGAUCCUGACCCGCCUCAGGUCAAGAGGUUCUGUUCAGGGUGUGGUUGUCGUCAUCACGGGGGCCAGCUCCGGACUUGGAAAAGAGUGCGCUAAAGUGUUUCACGCUGCUGGUGCCCGGCUUGUUCUGUGUGGAAGAGAUGCAGGUCGCCUUCAGCAGGUGGUGCAGGAGCUUACAGCAAGUACCUCUGCAAAAGAGAAGCAGGUUUUUCCCCCCAGCACUGUUGUCUUUGACCUGGCUAAGACAGACACUAUAGGAAAAGCUGCUGAGGAAAUUCUCAAAUGUUAUGGACAUGUGGAUGUUCUUAUCAAUAAUGCUGGAAUUAGUUACCGUGGCAACAUACUGGACACCCACAUUUCUGUUCAAAGAGAAGUUAUGGAAACAAAUUACUUUGGACCCAUUUCACUUACCCAAGCCCUGCUGCCCUCCAUGGUUCACCGACGGAGUGGUCACAUCGUCGUCAUCAGCAGUGUGCAGGGAAAGAUAGCAAUUCCUUACAGAUCUGCUUAUGCAGCCUCUAAGCAUGCAACCCAGGCCUUCUUCGACUGUUUACGGGCAGAGAUGGAGCAGUAUGGGAUCCCAGUGACGGUCAUCAGCCCUGGGUACAUCCAAACCAACCUGUCAGUCAAUGCCGUCACCGGAGACGGCUCCAAAUAUGGAGUUUUGGACAAAACGACGGCGGCUGGUCAGAAACCGAAGGACGUGGCUCACGCUGUUCUAGAGGCCGUCUGUCAGAGAAGCAGUGACGUCCUCCUGGCUGGACCUCUGCCUUCAUUGGCCGUCUACCUGCGCACCCUGUGGCCCGCGCUGUUCUUCAAACUCAUGUCGUCACGAGCUCGCAAAGAGCAAAAAGUGAAGUGAAAACCACUGCCAAACAUGCAGUUAUAUACUGUAUAAACACUGAAUGUUGCGUAAAUAAAAACCAGUGAGCGAUCAAUAAAUAUAUUUUUUUAAACAUUG